GUUAGGCCCCAAACCAUCUCAAUGGACGGAAAAGUGACAGAAAUGUUGGUGAAAAUCAAGUGAUCGAGUGAUGAGAUCGUCAAAAAGAAAAAACCUAAAUUAAAGUGAUCAAAUUUUGACAAAAAUUGCAUACAAAUUGAAAUCUAAAAUAAAAAUAACGAUAUGGAAGAGAUUCCCGAAAUGAUGAUCAGUCUUUUGUAAAAUCGCCAAGGCAAACCGAAAAGCAGAGAGAAAAAACAUUUAUUACGCAAAAAAUGAGCUCGACAACUGGAGCUGGAGCCGGAGUAGGAGGCACAGGCGGAGGAGGAGGUACCACCGGAGGCGGCAGUGGUGGUGGUGGCGGCAGUGCCAGUGCCACAGCCACUCAUAUCUUUCGUUCGUUGUCAUCGGAAAGCCAGAAACGAGAAUGGUCGAAGCGACUUUCCCUCAGGGGAAUGCGACAUGGUGGUGGCGGUGGAGGUGGUGCGGUUGCCGGAGGAGCUGGUUUAUCAGCCAGCAAAGAGGAAAGCAAGCACAGAAAAUUCUUUAGCCGUUCGGCUUCAUUGAAACAGGCUGGAAGCAGCAGCACGCAAACCUCCAUGGAAUUGCAUGUACCUGGUCAGUCAUCAGGCGGAGGUGGAGGUGGAGUUGGUAGUGCUGGAGCGGGAGCUGGUUCACCAUCAUCGACAACCAACCAACAGCAAGCGCUAACACAGCCAUCAACACCCAAGAAAUCCAAUUGGGAGGUGAUCGAACAUUUCAAUACGAAUGCCAAGGGAGGCAAGGCCAUGGUUAGCAGCAGUUUGAUUGCGGCCGGCAUCACGCGGUGUAAUAUAGAUGAAUCCAUGGAUUCGACAAACUCCAGUUCCACCUGCCACAGUCCUAUGAUCUAUCAACGUGAUGAGGCCCAGCUGUUGCAACAAAGUGAAUCUAAUGCCAAUGUUGAGGCGAAUCAUUCAACUAAUUCGACCGGCGGAGGCGGUGGUGGAGGAGGUGUUGGCGGAACUGGAGGUGGCGGAGCACUUAGUCCUAGCAUAUCCUUUUGGUUUCGCUUGAACCGCAUCAUUUUACGUCUCUGUUCGACGCACCAGUUUAAGAAUCUUCAGGUGGAAAUGCUAUAUCAGCGAUAUUUUUUGCGCAUGAAUCAAAGUAACACAACGCAUAUUUUGGCCCUUCUAUUGGCUCUCAUUUUGGCCCUGUCGUGCACUCAUAUAGUUUUCACCACAUUGCAAUUGCGUCGGACGUUUGCAACAAACCUCGCCUCAUCCUCAUCGGCGUCGUCGUCAACGACAUCGACGUCAUAUGCAAUAAAAAUGGAAAGCCUCUAUCUGGACAUGAAUGGCACUGCCGGUGCCAAUUCCACAUUUAUACCACUCAACACCAUGGCUUCCAUGGUCAGUGGCAACUUAACGACAACCGCAACGACACCAACAAACGUUCAACAAAUUGACAAUGGCAGAAAUUUCAAGUCCAACCGCGACCUUGUUGAUUUUGAUGUUGAUGUGGAUGUAGAUGCGGAUGAUAAUAUUCGCGUCGACGACGGCAGAACCAGAAGGCAGAAACGGAAACAUUAUCGACGACGCCUCCACAAGCAUCGCUACAAGCAACAUCCCCCAUAUCGAACCAGAUACAGAAUGCGAGCAAAACGUAGUCAAAAUGGGGAUGUGAAUGAAUAUGAAGCUUUGGUCUUGGCACAGGAAGAGAAUGACCAGGACCAGAUGGCCAUGGAGUUGGAGUUGGAGAAGAAGGCUCAACUGAUUGUUGACAUUGCCCGACUGAAUGCUGAUUUUGAGCCUGAUGCUUAUGCUGAUGCCGUUGACGUUGCCGUUGCCGUUGCCAAUCCUGAUGCUGACAACAAAAACGAUGUUUACAUUGCUGAUGGCAUUAAACGCAUUACGUAUACGCCGCUUGUCCACCAAUCGAAUACCAACAAAAGCAGUUACAGCAACGGUAGUAACAUCGAACGUGAUGAAGUGUCCAGGAAUACAUCCUACUCGAAUGUUGAUGAUAAUUUGGACACUUCAUUGACUUACUACGCGCACAUUCUGUCAUCGGUGAUUACGCAAAUUGAUGAGUCUGUGUUGAUUUUUCUUAUUGUGAUGCUAAUCUGUGGCAUUGUCUAUGCAUUUCUCCUUUGCAUACUCUCAAAGCCAGCAAUGAAUGAAAUAUUCCUUGUGCUUGUCUCCUAUGUCAUUUUGGGCACAUUCCUGGCCAUUGAAAUUGCCGUCAGCUAUGCCAUGCAACCCAGCAAAUCCUUCAAUGGCAGCUCGUGCUGCAUCGUUCUCAUCUAUAUGACAUACACGAUGUUGCCGCUGCGAUUGCGGGAGGCUCUUAUCGGCGGCAUUCUGUUGAGUGCUGCCCAUAUCUAUACCUGUUUGAGAUACACAACCAACGCCGGCGAGCAGCAGGACGAUGAUUUCCAGUUGAUGGAGGCCGAUACAAGCGUACAUUGGCAAGAGCUGCUGUGCACAUCGGUGGCUUUGGUGUUGGCCAAUUUGACCGGCAUAUACACCCACUGGCCAAAGGAGAAGGCCCAACGCAAAGCCUUCAUAGAGACGCGUCAAUGUAUCGAGGCUCGUUUGAGAACUCAGCGAGAGAAUCAACAGCAGGAACGGUUGCUACUCUCUGUCCUACCCCGACAUGUUGCCAUGGAGAUGAAGGACGAUAUUGCGGGCCAGCCACGUGACACACAGUUUCAUAAGAUUUACAUACAACGCCAUGAGAAUGUCAGCAUUCUCUUUGCGGACAUUUGCGGUUUCACGAGCCUCUCGGAUCAGUGCACGGCCGAGGAAUUGGUGCGUCUGCUCAACGAACUUUUUGCACGCUUUGAUCGAUUGGCCGCCGAGCAUCAUUGUCUGCGCAUUAAGCUCCUGGGCGAUUGUUAUUAUUGUGUCUCCGGUUUACCCGAACCAAGGCCGGAUCAUGCACAUUGCGCAGUGGAAAUGGGACUCGAUAUGAUUGACGCCAUAGCAUUGGUGCGUGAGGUGAUGGCUGUGAAUGUCAACAUGCGUGUGGGCAUCCAUACGGGACGAGUCCAUUGCGGGGUUUUGGGCCUGGUCAAGUGGCAGUUCGAUGUUUGGUCCAAUGAUGUGACCCUGGCCAAUCACAUGGAGAGUGGCGGUAUACCGGGACGCGUUCACAUUACCAAGGAAACACUCAAGUGUCUGGAUGGUGAUUACGAAGUGGAGGCUGGCAAAGGAGCCGAACGUAAUUCCUAUCUCAAGGAUCAUCAGAUUGAAACGUAUCUAAUUGUGCCUGGUGAUAUCUAUAGGCCGCACAAAAAGUCGAGAAAUCGUUUGCAGGUUAAUGGCAAUAUAUCAAAAGAGCUUCGCAUGAUGGGACACGGCACAGCUCAGAAACAUACAUCGAAAUUCGGUUUCGGCGAUAGCGCUGAAAGUGCCAAAGAUCCCGAAGAUGAGGUCAACGAAUAUCUAAUGAGAGCCAUUGAUGCUCGCAGUAUAGAUCAUCUGAGGGCAGAGCAUUGUCAGUCGUUGCUUUUAAGCUUUAAAAAUAAUACUCUUGAGAGGAAGUAUGCCAGUGAACCGGAUCGCAUGCUGUGUGUAUAUUUCUACUGCAGUUUGUUGGUGCUGCUGGGUACGACUAUUAUGCGCUUGGCUGUGUUCCAAAGUUCCCUCCUGUCGCUUUGCUUGUCCCUGGGCGCUUUGUUGCUGUUGAUGUUUCUGGUAUUUCUGGUGGCUUGUCAUAAAAUCAACGCCAAGCUGCCAGUUGGCAUCAAACGCUUCUCAUUGCAUAUUCAUAGCAAUCGCAGGUUAUCGCAGUUUUUUGCCUUUGCCACAGUUGCAUUGAUUGCACUCACCACCCUCCUGGCCAUGUUCCAGGAAUCGUAUAGACAAUUGUCAGCAUUGGACAACAAAUGGUUUUAUCUAAAUAUAAAUAAAACAUCCAAUGUCUACAAUAUUAACAAGGAUAUGCUUAAAGAACAGGAGCAACACCUAACCAGUUGUGAUUUCUACUUGGCCUACAAUACAUUUCUUCUCCUCACAUUGCUUUCGAUGAUGAGCUGUGCCACGUAUCAGGUUCUACGUAUUCUACUAAAAUUGAUGCUCCUGCUCUUUGCCUCUGGUAGCUACAUGGCCUGCUCCAGCUAUCUCUAUAUGCGGCAUAGAAGGGACAUGUCUGUGGAUGUCGAGUUGAACAACGAGGUCGCACUGCUGCGCUAUAUAAUUGAUUCAAUCUUUUUGCUGGCCUUUAUGCUAGCUUUGAUUUUUCACAGCCAUCAGACCGAGGCCACUUAUCGUUUGGACUUCAUUUGGAAACUCCAGGCAACGGAGGAAAAAGAGGACAUGGAACAUCUGCAGGCUUAUAACCGUAAACUGCUCGAAAAUAUUCUGCCAGUUCAUGUUGCCGAGCAUUUUCUGAGCCGCGAGAAGCACCUUGAUGACUUGUAUCACGAGCAAUGCGAUUCGGUUUGCAUACUCUUUGCCAGCAUACCAAAUUUCUCAGAAUUCUAUGUGGAACUGGAAGGCAAUAACGAGGGAGUCGAAUGCCUGCGUCUGCUCAAUGAGAUUAUAGCCGAUUUCGAUGAGCUGCUAAGUGAAGAGCGUUUCCGAUGCAUUGAGAAAAUCAAGAGCACUGGCGCCACCUAUAUGGCUGCUUCCGGUUUGACUGUGAACACUUGUGACCAAGUGAAUUUCACUCAUGUCACUGCCAUGGCCGACUAUGCUCUGCAGCUGUUUGACAAAAUCGAGGAGGUUAAUAUGCAUUCGUUUAACAAUUUUCGUAUGCGAAUAGGCAUCAAUAUUGGCCCUGUGGUGGCUGGCGUAAUUGGCGCCUGUAAGCCGCAAUAUGAUAUUUGGGGGAAUGCCGUUAACGUCGCCAGUCGCAUGGACUCUACGGGACUUGUCGAUCACAUACAGGUGACCCAGGAGACCCAACAGAUACUUGAGAAUCGUGGCUUCGAGCUCACCUGCCGCGGCAGUGUCAAUGUCAAGGGUAAGGGUUCCAUGAUCACCUAUUUCCUGAAGGGCAAGGCCAAGACGCCAUUGGAAGAUUUGACCAAAAUCGAGAUAGAACCACCCAAAACUCUCAGCCUGGCCAAUGAAACGAAAUCUCACGAGGAUGAAAAAAAGGAAGAGGAACAGAAGCUUAAAAAUGAGAGCGAAACGGAAACGAAAUCCACGCCUGAUCCUUCCAAAGAGGACACCAAAGCUGACACAGAGGAUGAAGAUGACAUCGAUCUCAACUCGAAUAUGCAAAAUCUGACAGCUCAGCGUCGAAAAUCUUUGUGCAGGCAGCAUAAUAUAUCCUCAUCCUUUGGCACCAAUGUCAGCAGCUCCACCGGCAUAACACCCUCGAUCUCGAACAGUUCCAGUGUGGUCACCAUUGGCACCCUGCCCGCCCUGCUGCGCAACGCGAAUAAUGCCCCGAACAACAAUGACAGCUGCUCCGAUUGUGGGCCAAACAAGUGUGUCCUGACACCCACCACUACGGUGCCAGCACGAACUUUGGUGGCCGAUCUGAAAGAUGAGAUAGCCCGCGAUGAGAAAAGUAAUCUCAAGGAUUCCAUUGAGAAUCUAGAGAUACUCCUCAAGAAUAACAUCAGCCUAUCCGAUUUGAGUAACAAACAGCAACAGAAUCUACGUGGCGAAAUGGUGAUUUCCGGAGGCACAUCCACCGCCUCCUCCACUCUAAGGAAACGGGACACCAUUGUGAGUUUCAAUGUCACCGAAUCUCUGACAAAUACAUCGACAGCCACAACUCUGACCACGAAGAAGCGUCGCUCCAUAGUGGCCACCAUGGCCACAGCCAGCACUUGCAACAGCAACACCAAUAGCAACAACAGCAGCAGCAGCAGCACCACCACUUGCACCACCAGCACCACAACGGGCAGCAGCACCACAACAACAACGACAACCACCAUGCGUCUGCUAUCGAAUGAGAGUCAAAGUUCGACCCAAACGGCCCCCGGAACACUGGAGACAACGACGAGUGUCCAGCAACAAGAUUGGCAGCCCAAUCGAACGGCCAGCCUGGAACCGAAUCGCAGUCCCAUCAAGACAUCGCAGUCCAUGAGUCCCAUUGGGCUGACCACAGAGGUUUUCGUUAUACCCAAUAGUCGGAGCAUGAUAUUGAUCAGCAGCAGCAAUCACAAUAGCAAUGCAAGUAGUCCAAGAUCGGGUCUCUUGCAAGAUGUUAGCACAUAGAGUGAUCUCCCAUCGAGUUCUCUCUCUCUCCCCCUCAGUCUCUCUUACAAUUAGCUGUCUAUAUCCACUAAAAUAUGUGUACAUAUGUAUAAAUAAUAUCAGAAGCUAGUCCUUCUCUUACUAGAUCUCGCAUUUAAUAUAUACCUAUAUAUACUAUACAUACUGUAUACUUA